CGACGGAGACAAGGCGCACGCGGAUUGAAAUGGAAGGAAUUGUAAAACGCUGUUUAAUUCGAGUGGCGACCGAUUCUUAAAGAAAUAGUGGCUAACAAAAUCGAAACUCGACUUAUUUUUGUGUUGCUUGAACCAACUUGUACGGGAAGCGUCGAGCUCGUUGCGUGACAGCGACAAAAAUCGGAAAAGUGUCAAAAACAAAGAAGCAGGAAGGUCCGCGGGCGCUGGCUCUUCCCCUCUGCUGUGCUUCCAGCGCUUCACAAGCUGCAGACUGUCCAGCGUGCAUAAUUUGCUAGUCGGACAAAGCUCUUGUACUCGCCUGGCGCGUGUCGAAACUUCAGUCCCAUUUUGCAAGGCAAAAAACAGAAGACUUAGAUACAAAUCCGAGUCUUGAGGACUUGAUCUGUGCAUCAAGCGGGCUUCCCCUAUUAUUUCCGAUUAAGGUCAUGAGUGGAAACUAAUUGUGGAUAUUUUGACUAUUAGAAGUUAUGGGAAAAAUGAACUUUUAAGAGUGAAGACAAUCUGAGGCUGUGAUACAAAAGCCUCCAAUAAGCCAAACUCCAUCUUGAGAGCUUGAUCCGCCACCCUGACGUCACCAAUGCGACCAUGGGAAAUCACAGUGAAUAGGCGGCCACCAACUGCCCCCUUCAGUCAGAGAAGGUUUCCAGGGGAGCCUUGUAAUACCCCUGCACAUCUCAGGAGAAGCCCUCCAGUGAGACGGCAGUGGGGGCGUCGAGAUAGACCCUUGUUGCACAACUCUUUACAUCAGGAUGAGAAUUUGCAUCAUCCUCUGUUUUCUCAGCAUCAACAGCAGAUCUCUUUAGAUGAAUCAAGAGUAUACAGUCACACCAGCGUACAGCCACGAAUGCUUCACCCUGCCACACACCCGCCUCAGCAAAAUUCCAUCAUGGUCGACCUCCACGAACAGAUGCAUCAGGGACCAGUCCCAAUUUCAUAUACGGUUACUACGGUGACGACCCAUGGUUUCCCAAUUCAUGCCGGCCAACCAAUCCCAGGGUGCAACACUCAGCAGCUCCCAGCAUGCUCGGUAAUGUUCAGCGGACAGCACUCUCUGCUCUGCUGCCUUCCGCCUCCUCUGAUUCAGGCCUGCACAAUGCAGCAUUUGCCGGUGUCAUAUCAAGCCUUUCCACCAUUGAUUUCCAGUGAACAUUUUAUAUUGCAUCCUCCACCGCCUGUUCCACCUCACCAGGGACCACACCUAGCACCUCUGAGCCAAUUUGUACCACUACAGCCACAACACCCCCGCAUGCCUUUACAGAGGAUAGAAAAUGAAGUGGAAAUGAGGGGGGACCAGCACCCUGUUGGAGGGUUCUCUUACCCUUCGGCCCAUCACCCACCAGCAAUGCCUCAGUCAGUGCCCCUUCAGUACCUUCCUCAUGACCCAUUGCACCAGGAACUACCCUUUGGAGUGCCAUAUCCCCAAGUGUUGCCGAGACGUGUUAGUGGACAGAGGUAUCGGCUCCAACAGUCCCUACCCCCUCCUCCUCCACCACCUCCAUACUAUCCCAGCUUCCUGCCAUAUUUUCUGUCAAUGCUUCCUGUGCCUCCUACUGCAGUAGGACCUGCUAUUAGCCUGGAUCUGGACGUGGAUGACGUUGAGAUGGAGAAUUAUGAGGCAUUGCUAAACCUGGCUGAGAGACUAGGGGAAGCUAAGCCUCGUGGACUCACCAAAGCCGAUAUUGAGCAUCUUCCGUCCUACAGGUUUAAUCCAGAAAACCACCAGUCUGAACAAACUCUGUGUGUUGUGUGCUUUAGUGAUUUUGAGUCUAGGCAGCUACUUAGAGUUUUGCCCUGCAAUCAUGAAUUUCAUGCUAAGUGUGUCGACAAGUGGCUGAAGACAAAUCGCACUUGCCCAAUUUGUCGAGCCGACGCUUCAGAGGUCCACAGAGAUGUCGAGUGAAAAUAUUUUUUCCUUUUUGCUUUUUUCCCUUUUUCUUUCUCCGUUUUGACCAAUAGGAAACAGCACAAUAAAUGGAGAACGAUCCAUACAAAACACGGAUGCCUACCGCCUACCCCUCCGUGUUGCCCUGCAACCAUUCCCUCUAAGCCCCUGCCCUCACCCCCAACCCUUGGACAAUAAGCAAUCGAGGAUUGUAAUCUGGGGCCCUCUUUUACCUCUGCUGUGCAUUGUGUGAGUUUGAUGAAAGCUACUGCCUAGAGUUACUACAUAACCACCAAGUGCUGGAGCUGUCUUGUGUAUACUUCUUUUUUUGAUUGCUUUUGUGUUUCUGAUACUCCAAAGAUUUUAUCUUAAGAUCUGUUCUUGCUAUUUUAAUUUGAUGAAAAGAACUGAUUUUUUUGAGGGGUGGGGGGUUUGAUUUGGAAGUCUAGAUAACGAGGAUAACGCUAGAAUCAUUCCAAGUACUGCAACAGUAAAUUAGAAGGAGCGGCUGGCUGUGCAUUUUGUACACAAGCUGUUUUCUAGCUAAAUGAAGAAAGUCUAAAAAGGUGUAAGAACGAACUUGGGCCAUUUCAUUAACCAGGAAUGGUUUCCCGUUAAAGAUGCAUGUUUGUAUAGGUGAUGGGCAGAGUGACUUGUUGUUAAUAAUGUAUGUUACGCAAUAACGUUUUACUUGUUGUUUUUGUUUGUUUGAUUGAUUUUUAAUCUGUUUUUUUCUGACUUCUAAUUCCUGUUGUAAAAGGUGUAGCUUGCAGUGGUAAAAUGGUUCAGUAUCUUUUCAGGCCUGGGGGUAAGAUGAUGUCAGGCUGCCUUUGAGGAAAACCCAGAGUGGUGCAGGGGUAACAGAAGAUAAAUGCCAUCGCUGCUUCAGUAGGGAGCACACGUCUCAGACUACUUUACUGCAGGGGAGGCAAAAAGGACAUACUUUGCUGUUUUUCUCUACAGCAUGAUUGAGCUCUGCUGAACAAUAGAGGCGGGGCUUACUGUUUGCCCUCACCACUACACUUUGAUCUUUAUAUGGAGCUGUUGCUACAUGUGGCUGGUGGAACCGAGGCAUGCUGGGAAUUGCAUGGACUGUUGAUUUAGAUGAGCAAUAUAUAAAAUAAAGCAAGUACAUUUUAUUCAUAAGGAUUUCUAGGGUUACUAAAUGCUCUUGGCCAUCUCUGUGACGAAAGGCCUGCCAUUCUCUGCACAUUCUUUUAGAGAAGCGUGGAAUAUACAGCUACUGGAUGAAGUUUCUUAGCAAUCUGAUGACUUCCAGUAGCUAUGAAGAUGGCAUUUGCAUCGUGUGCUUCAAAUGGCAAUAUUCUCGAUGAGUAUCAUUUAAAUGGGACUUUCUGCUUGGCUUUAAUGGGGUGGUGGGGGGGGUGGCCUGGUGAAUUUCUUGUUUGCAAGCCAAAUAUUCAAUAUACUCUCAUUUUCAGCUCUGCCUUUCAAGACCUUGAGAAGCACAAACCUAUACUGUAUUGCUAAAACUGAUGAAAAAUCUUGCAUUUCAACUUUUAGAGGUGUUAGCUUUUUAAAAUAAUUCUUAUUUAUUUGUUUUAUCUUCUGAUAACAAAAAAGGAAAAAAAAAAAAAAAAACAACACACACACAAAAAGGACAAACUGAAUGAAUAAGUCAUAUUUUUUAUUAUAAUUGAGGGGCAGGGAACUGGGGGGGUGGAGAAACCUGAAAAUGAUUUAAAGGUCUAAAGGACACAACAUGCUGAAUGCCCCUUAGUGGGGCAGAGUGCCAAAUUAGGAGGACGUUUUUGCUUGUGUCACAUGGCUUUGAAGACUGAAGACGGUUUAAUCAAGUUGAGCAGUAUUAAAUUACCCUAAAGCAGCCGUUAACUGCUUUACAGUUUAAGUGAAACUCCCACAAAAAUGGAGAAUCAUGUUUGAGAAUUGUGCCGCACCCACAGAGCAUAAAAGAAGUGCAGGUCUCCUUAAUUGUUUAUGAGCUCUUAAGCAGUGCGUCCUGCCCCAGCUUGGCACUUAGAGGCACCAGGGUGAGCAGUGGGGAGUUAGGUUGGCUCAUAUCGCUCAAGGAGAACAAUGUCCAGUGUCCUCCUUUAACUUCUUCUCAAAAAGCCAUUUUAAAUGAAAAUUUUCUUGCAUCUUGGAGCAUACAUUCAUAAAUGCAUAUACCGUCUAUAUAACCUGUAUAUGUAUCUCUUGUUCCUAUAUAUAUUUCAAAAAAAAAAAAA